GAGGAAUAGCUUCGAGGUAGGAAACGUUACGCAAGGUGUCGGUGCACUCUUCCUUGAUCAGCUCGAUCGUUUUGAGAGGAGAUGGUGGACUGAUCAUGAGUUCUUGGGUCAAGAAACGACAAUGCUUGCUUUUGAGCAGGGGCGAGAGGCAAGAAAAGCUGUAAAUCGAGUGCGUCUUAUUUAUGAUAUUGAGAGAGUGGAGGUUACAAGAAGUUUAAGCUGUCGAUUGUUGUCUAACUUUCUAGCAUGUCUGCCUGAUGGGGCCAGAAUCACCAUCCUGAUCAUGCUUGCUCGCAUAUAUCUUUUAUGGACUUGCCUGGUGAUUUGUCAUGGCUUUAUUCGUACACGAUUGCCAAGCACAUUUAUGAUACCCAUCGAAUUGAACAAAGCUAGAUUGUUGGCCUAUGGCUGCUAUGGCUAUCUGGAGAACAAAUUCAAAGGUGUGUGACCAAUUCCGGUUCAUAACACAUUCCUUUGUAAGUUGGAUUUGAUAUGUGGGAAGCAGGACAAUCAAUCACGACUACGAGUUUGAUGGCCGGAUCAAGUAAGAUUUCAACAAAGGGGUAGCGAUGAAUAAAGCCAGCUAUUUGAUCUACACCCUCACUGCAAAUGAUCAUUGCUGUGAUCGAUCGCACGGCUAAAAAGUUAGUAUUACACACGUAACAAUUUCAAUCGCAAUAACAAUCGGAUACAAUAUGGCCGAUAUAAUCGGAAGCCGCAGACGAGAUCUGCCUGUCCCAAGACCCGGGUCGUUGACUUUACCACGAGGGACGACGCAAAGUCUACGUGGCAAAGCAGAGGUUGCACGUAGUUUCAGCAGUCACGACUCGGUUGAUCUUUCGGGAACAUUACAAGAUCUUGAUGAGCAACCUGCAAUUCUUUCGCGUGUUUUUCCUGGUGGUCUUGGUGGAGGAGGUGGUCCUGGAUUACCGGGGACGGGAGAUGGUAAGAUUGAUUUGUCUGGCAUUGGGAGAUCGGCCCAUGAUGCAGAAGCGCCCAUUCCCAAACCUGCAGGGACCGAUAAGGGUCUAAAUUUCAUGAUUCCUCCGGCUCCGGUAAAACCAAAGCCACAACAAGUGGAUAUUACACAGUUCAAAAAUCCAGAUGGCAGUUAUGAUAUGAAUAGACUACAGGUUGUAUUAUCGACUCGGGCCCGGAAUGCGGCUCUAGAAAAGAAAGCGGAGCGUCGGUUACAAAGAACUCGGAGCCCCAAGGCACCCGUACCGGAAACCAAAUCCCCUGAUACUACACAAAGAACAACGCCAUUGGGUAGGGCAGAAGAGGAUCACCCUUUGCGUGGCGGGCGAGGUACACAACCACUAAGACCGCGAAGGAUUCCCAAUCUCUCCCCUAUUGCUGAACGGAGUUCGAUAGGUAGUAAGGACACGGAAAAUAUCGCAGGUAAAAAGAUGACUGACUUGCCUGGAGGUGGUGAUGGUUUGGGGACUGGAAAAGGAGAUUCGGACAAGGGAAAACAACCUACUGUGGAAGAGGACAAAGUAGACAGCCCAGCUGCUGUUGUAUCUAUAGCAGAUGAUGAGGGCAGUUUAUACGGUGCAUCUUCCCCAGGAGAAUCUGAUCAAAAGCCUCUACCCAGCGAUUCGAAUACUUCUUCUGGCCAAAGUGAAAUGUAUCGUAAAUGGGCUGCCGAACCUGCAGAAUCACCUACUAUCGAAGAAAAGUUCCAGGAAUGGGUGAACCGUGGUGAUAGUUCCGAAGGUAAAACUGCAGCUCAAGAACUCGAGGCGUGGGCACUAAAGGAUCUACAUGAUGCACGCGAAAAGCAUCUGGCAUGGCUUUUUGAACAGAGAAGUAAAGCGAAUCUCCAGCUCAAAAUUGAAACUGAUCGGGAAAAAAUACUCCGAUUGCAAAACAUCGUCAAUAAAUGCACGAUUGCUAUCAAAGAAGCUAUCAAGUUAGAAGAUAAACUACACAAUCGGGAAUUGUUAAAAAAGAAUGUGGAAUUGGAAACAAAUAUCCCUGUAAAACGCAGACUCGAUGAGCUACUUCAAGAAAUGAAUCGCGAUAUUGAACGCGAUGAACAGGUCGAAAAAGAGAGGCUCAAGAUUCAUAUGAAUACUGAAAACGUUUGGAAAAGGGUGUUAGAUAUGACGCCUGCCGAGCGAGAGGCGUUAGAUAUACAGACUGUACAUCACUUUGCGGCGCCUGUACAACGCCCACCUAUGAUACUUCGAGAGUCUUUUGCUGAACAACUUCUGAGGGAUAAAUGGGAAAAGGAAGAUGCGCCCCAAGGGCUUGAAGAACUUUUCGGUCGCAUUGGUAGUAUUUCCGAUUCAGAAGAGAGAGACUUGUAUUGUGGAGCUUUCCCAGAGAUUCGCCUGCCCACAUUACUCCAAAGGAACAAGGAAUUGGUGGACCUUUGGAAAGAACAAGCAGAUGAGGUGAAAGCUGACCGGCAAGAUAAUUGGCUAAAAUCGGAAGCUGAAGCUGAGGAAAAGCUAUUGAAGCUACGUCAACUUGAAAAGCCAAGGAAUGAAGAAGAAGAAGAGGAAAAGAAGCGUCAAUUUUUAGACGCUUUAGCUGCAACGAUAGCAAAGAGAAGGGUCGAAGUUUCUGUAGUGGACGAGAAGAUUGAGGAUAUUGAGGGAGUAUCUAAAAUGCCUCGACCAUCUACAAAAAUUGGAGAGGAGCCCGGAAGAAAAGGUCUACUCAGUGUCACCACGGUGCCUAUAGUAGCGGGAGACUGUGGAGAAGAUGAGGCGUCUGUAGUUGUUAAUGUAGCGUUGACUCCGAAAAAUUCCGAGGAGACAGUGUCUCAAACAUCAAAUCCAACCGAAGAAGAAAUACCCGUGCCUGAGCCCCGUCCUCAGUCACCCUUUAGAGCUAAAAACCCUCUUUCACCCAUUCUAGAUCAAAGAUCGGGUAUCACUUUCGAAACGAAUCGUGAGGUUACGGAUUUCCUGGAAUAUUUGGCAAUGGUAAGACAUAACGAGCAGGUAGUUAAGACAGGGAAAGGCGAGCGCAUUGAUCCAGAGUUAAUGCGGGAGAAAGAAAAGAGAGUGAUGGAUCCUGGCCCGAUUGACUCAGGCGAAGAAGAGAUCACUCAAAAGCGUAUUCGGAUCGCGAAAAGAAGAUUGAAAAUAGCUGCUGCUAGGCGAAAGAUGCCCGAAGAUGAGUUAAGGGCUCUUGAGGAAAAGGAGGCCAAGCAGAGGAAAAUAGCCGAAGCCAAAAAAGAUCUUGAAGAGAGGGUCGCACGGGAAAUAGAGGAAGAGUUGAGAUUGGAGGAGGAUAAAAGGAAACAAAAAUUGAAGGAUGAGGAAAUAGCAAGAGGAAAGGCCGAAGCUGAAGAAGAAGUAAAGCGGAAGAUCAGAGAGGAACUUGUCCAAAAAGCCAAAGCCGAGAAGGAGAGAAUAGAGAGAGAGAAAAAGGAGAUGGCCGUCAGAGAUAAGAUCAAUAAGGAGAGAGAAGAAAAAGAAAAAGCUGAUAAAAUUGCUAGAGACAAGAUUGCUAAGGAUUUGAAAGACAAGGAGGGGAAUAAAAAGCCAGAUACUCCGCAAAAUUUCGCUGAAGAUAUCUUAAACAAGAUAAAAAACGAUAUUCUGAAAAAAGUUCCAGGGGUCUAUGAUUCCAAGACAGCAGAUGCAGAGAAGAAGAACCUGGGUAAAAAGAAUAUAAAUGAAUAUGUUAAAAAAUUCGUAAAGAACUUUGAAGAGGGAGAUACGCGGAAAGAAAAUAUGGGCAAGGGCAAGGACAAGCCUGAGGAAAAACCACCUGCCGAAAGUGACGCUGCCAAAAAAGAACGUGAGAAAAAGGAGAGAGCAGAGAAAGUCGCCCGCGAUGCGGAGGAACUCAGAGUAAAAAAAGAAGAGCUUGCGAAAAAUAAAUCGGAGGUGGAAAAAAAUAAACUGAAGAAAGAUUGGGCGGCUAUAGAAAAAGUCGAGCGAUUAGCACGCGAGGAACGAGAACGCGAAGCUAGAGAACGUUUGCGUUUGGCCAAGGAGAGGGCAGAUGAAUUGAAAAACAGGCGGGCACUGACUGCGGAGCAAAAAGCACUAGCUGAGAAAAAAAGUGCUCAGUUACAGAAGGAGAUUCAAGCUACGGAAGAUGAGAAAAAAAGGCAGGAUAAAAUCGCACAAGAUAACAUGGAACAAUGGAGACGGGAAUUCCGUGAGCAGGAGGAAAAGGAUAAACGAGAUAAGGAAGAACGCGAAAGAAUCGAAAGUAGUCUGAGGAAAAAGGAGGAAGAUCGGUUGUUACGUGAAAAAGAGGAAUCCAAGAAGAAGGAGAAGGCUAAAGGAUAUGGAGAAGCAGCUGCACUUAAUAAUGGGGGUCAAGCAGUCGGACUUUUCCAAAAUAUCGCCCGCAGAAUUAGGAUUCCCGAUCUCUCCUGGUUGGCUCUCAGAGGUCCUACACACUUGCAACAGAGAGCUAAAGAUGCAGCUUCCAAUCUUCCACCUGCAUCAAUUCGUGCUCCUGCUCCGGCCGAUUAUGAAUUAGCCCCUGCAAGUAUUACUUGGAUGCACGCUCAUGCUUACAAGUCUUCUGCUCUUAGAGAAAUUAGUCUGAAUCUUACGAUUUUGACCUCUUCGAGACAACACUUGCCGGAUGCUCCACCGCCGCAUUAUUUGGCCUGUCAUGAUAUUCCGGUGUUCUGGAAUAUAUCACAGUUGAAGCGAUAUCUCUCAGCCAUCAUGCGAAAGGCGAAAGUGGGAGAGAAGGGAACGAUGAGGUUGAGGAUUGAGAGAAGGUGGUUGAAACAUGGGAGUAAGACAUUGGCGGAAGAAGGAAUCAGGGAUUGGGAGAACAUGGUGGUGGUGAUAGUUAAGAAGGGGGAGAAUGUCAGGGAGGGCGAUUGGAAAGAUUGUAUCAGGGAAGCGGAUGGAAUGGCGGGGUGGAUAGAGGGUUGGCCGGGAAAGGGAGAGCUGAUGACGCCGGAGGAUAGAAAGGCUUGGCUUGCGGAGGCGUUUAAGGCAGUUUCUGGGCCUUUGGAUAAUCUGUGAUUAGGAAGUGGAGGGGUGGUGGUUGUGGUUUUACGAGUAAUCAUUAUGGUUUUGGUGUUUAGUUCGGUGGUUGUGGAUGAGGUUUAUUUGAUUUUUGCAAUGAAACUUUGGCUCUCUUGGUUGAUUAUGAAGUUUAGUCAUGUUCAAAAUAAAGUCUUUUUUCAAUUAUCAGUAUUUUA